UCUGAUGUGCCGCUCCAGGGCGCAGGGUGGCGGCGGAUUACAAUGAAAGUGAAUGACAGCAGUAGGCUACUAAUAAUAGUGCACUUGGUUUGCACACUGUCACUGUGUACACAAUGUAGCUUGAAGCAGGCGGGAAGUAUAUAGGUAAAGGACGGAUAUUUUGAAGAGUAUGGACGAUGAAAAGAAUUGCACCGGUCCUCUUAUAAUAGCGCUGCAGUAUAAUGACCUGUUUGACUUGGACUCGAUGUCCGCGUCCACAAACACAGAUGAUGCACUACCCAAAGGAAGAGCAGUCACUUUUAUUAAGGCAGUGCAAAUAGUGAACGAGAGACUUGUGGAACAGAAAGAGACCGAGUCUUUGCUUUUUGAAGUGAUCCUCAUCGCAAAGGAGUGCUCUGAAGAAAUCAAAAUGAAGAUAGUUGAGAGUGUGAAGUAUUAUGGUCUAGAAAUAGGCAAAUUUUUCUUUUGCAAAAAGGAAGAACUCAUAAAUACUCUUCAGUCAAACAAAGUUAAGCUGUUCCUCUCUACUGACAGGGAUGAUGUCUGUGAAGCUCUGCAUACAGGAAUUCCAGCUGCUUUGCUGUACGAUCAGUGUGAUGAUCACGUCCUCAAGGUCAUUAUCUCAGGUGAUUCUAUCGGUUUCACUGAGGAUUCACUUGAUAGUCUUUCAGAUUUUGGAUUCAGUGAAACCCAAAUAGAGACCUUCAAAGCAGCAAAGAUCUGCAUGAAGGAGUUUGCCGUUCUGAUCGGUCAGAUGAGGAGGAGGUUUGGGCGAGAGAACAGCCCUCUCUGCAUUUGUGUUUUAACAGCAUGGGGCUCUACGAACGUCUGUGCGUCUGCCCUGAAAACUCUCCGGGGAUGGGGUCUGGAUGUGGACGAGGCGUUUUGUCUGGCUGGAGCUCCCUGCAGCCCCAUACUAGCUGUAGUUAAACCCCACAUACUCUGGGAUUGUGGCCUUCACAACAUGAGGGACUUGGCCACACAAUCCUGAGAGUUCGUAACACUAAGCUUGUGGCUUACAACACAAGUGUGGCUUACCUUUCAUUUCAUUCAGGUGCCAUUUCUGUUCCUU